AUGUCCGUCACACUACAUACAAAUAUCGGUGAUCUGAAGAUCGAGGUUUUUUGCGAAAGUGUCCCUAAGACUUCAGAAAACUUUUUGGCCCUCUGCGCCUCCGGAUACUAUGAUCUCUCACCAUUUCACCGCUUGAUUCCCAACUUCAUGGUACAGACAGGUGGACCCGCUAAUCCAACCCCGGAAAAUCCUAAGGGUGGGCAGUCCAUUUGGGGAGGAACAUUUGAGGAUGAGAUACGGCCAACCUUGAAGCACAAUGCGCGCGGUAUUGUCUCCAUGGCAAACAAAGGACCUGGAACCAAUGGCUCGCAAUUCUUCAUCAUAUUCGACAAGGCGCCACAUCUGGAUGGCCUGAACACGGUCUUCGGCAAGCUCAUAGGCGAUGACAGUGUCGUGACCUUGGCCAAGCUGGAAUCUAUCGAAGUGGACAAGAAGAGCCGUCCGAAGGAAAAAGUCUUCAUUGAGAAAGUCACGAUACAUGCCAAUCCGAUUGCUGCAUAA